AUGGAACCCAAAUUCGAUAGUAAAAGAGUAUUGAAACUCUCAGCAUUCCUCUUUGUCAUCAGUGUAGUCUUGGUUUACUACAUUUUUGAAUUUGAUGAAUGGCUUGAUGACAAUGAAUUAGCACAUGGCAACAGCAAACAGAGUAAAUUAGAUGACGAUUUGUAUGUGAACAAUCAAGACGAUGUUAAAAAGUUGAAUCAUGUUGAUAACGAUGAUAGCGGAGAGGAUUCUAUUCAGAGAGGUGGUCAUAAUGAAGAGCAAGAUGACGAUUUGAACGAAAGUAGUAAAAAGAUCAAUGACGAUGACCACCAUGACGACAAUGAAAAGACUUCUGAGCAUGUUCAUGAUGAAGGAAAUAGCCAAACUCAUAAAGUUUCUGGAAAGGGUCCUGAAAAGGGAGAUUCUAAGGACAAACUCAAUAAUAAGUAUAUCAGAAACCCAACAGGAAGAAGAUUAAGGUAUUGA